AUGCUUCAACCAUUCAAAAGAAGCUUUUUAAACAUUGCAAAGCGGCCAUUUGGUAAUUUACGAACAAACUGCUAUCUAGCUUAUAACUCUAAAGCAUGUUUACUGCUCGAUGCUGCUGAUCAUGGAGAUGAUAUGAUGAGAUGGGUCAAAUUAUUUUGCCCAAAACAAGAAUUUCAACUCGCUUUGACACAUGGACACUGUGAUCAUAUAUACGCUGUUGAGCAUAUCCUCAAAUACAACAAAAAAUGCAAACUAUCUCUUAGUUCGAAAGAAGAAGAUUUAGUAAUCGUACCAGAAUACAAUUAUUCAACUUUUCUUAAACGAUCCACUACAUUAAAACCAGUCAAAUCCAGAUUUAAUUUCAUUGACCACCUAAAAACUAUCGAUAUUGGAGGUGAUAGACUCCAUAUCAUCGAAACACCAGGACAUACUCCGGGAUCCAUCUCGUAUUACUACCCAGAAGGAAAGUGGGUUGUUGUUGGCGAUACAGUUUUUGCAGGCUUGAUAGGAUCCACGAACCAUUAUGGUGGAAAUAAAAAACAAUUAGUUAAUUCUAUCAUUUCAAAGAUCCUUACACUUCCAGAUGACACAGUGAUUUAUCCUGGUCAUGGGAAGAAUUCAACUGUUAAAGACGAGAAGAAAAAUCCUCAAAUAAUACAGUUUUUCAAGAAGAAUCCACCAACUAUUGACCAAAUCAAAGUUCUCAAAGAAAUAAAUUUCAAAUGUGACGAAUUUCUUCAAGAGUAA